AUGACCUUCGACACCCGCCUCCGCAUCUCAGCCACCCUCAAGUCUGACAACAGCACACACGACAUGAGCAGCCUCACCUGGCGAGCUUACCUCAUUCGCUCCGACAUGGCGGCGGACGGCUGCGAGCUUGUGGCGUGUAACUUCAACAACCCGCUCCACUCCGCCUCUAGAGUCGCGUCAUUGCCGCCUGUUAGCGCCCAGACCAUCCGUCGCUCCGGCGCGGUGGCUGCGGAUGUUGAUGGCGUCGCCUACGAGGAAAUCGGGGAGCUGCUGGAUCACUCGACGGGUGAGACCCUCUUCCAGUACUACCUCAACGAGGUACAGAAGGUUGAUCCGACUAUUGUCAUGAACGGCGAGGGCAGGAUCGUCAAGACGCGAGCGAGGAUGGCAGCGCAUGUCAAUGCGAUCAAGGCUGUUAGGAACAACCUGGCGCAUGGUAGCUCCCUCAUUCGCGAGGAGGUGUGCUGUGACGAGACGCUUCUCACGCUGGCGAUUGACUGCGAUGGCCUUCGACGUGAGCAGCUCACGUUCCACUCUGAAGGGACGGUUGACGAGCUUCCACUCGCUUCAAGGAAGCGUGUGAAGAAGGCGUAUCGGAAGGUCGCCGAUCGCUACCAUGAGCUCGUUGAGGAGCAUACCAUCUCGUCACACCCGGUUGCCACGUUCCCCGAGGGCGCAGAGACCCAAUACUGGGCGGUCGCAACCAUUGAUGACCCACGACUGGCUUUUGAGGCGGCACGCGACGGUGGUCUCAUUACCGAGGCGCAAUCUCUUGAGCUCCUCAACAUCGUGGACGCCGAGCUCCUGCAGCCCUCGGCAGACAAAGACCUCCAGCAUGGUGCCUACAAGGCUGCCCUUGCCUCUGGCAAGAAUGUCAACGCGCCACACGACGAGUCUAGCGACGAGUCCACCGACGCGGAGAACCCCUCCGACAACAGGCCAUCUGCUCUUGACAGUGUCGAGGUUAGUCCACUGGCAGCUGUCCGCGUUCUACUUGGAGAGCCAUCGACUACAUUUUUGGAAGCCUACGAGGCCCUCAUUGCGCUGCCGACCGACGACCGUCUCCUCUGCGGCUAUAGACCUGGUCAUGUCCCAGACAACAACCGUUGCCCCGCCACGACAUGGCACCUUGACCUGUCUACGAUCAGCGGCAACAACGACCAAGGUACCCUCCAGGCGGUCGAUGCGUUCGAUUUCAACGCCCGGUUCCCUUCCCAUCCACCAGACCUACUGGCCAACCUCACCAACCCCGCCAGCGGAUUACCCCUCUGGGGAAAGAACGACAACGGCAGCCCCAAUCCCGUCCCAGCCGCGCUGCAGAGCCCAAACUGGGUCGUUUCUCACGCCAUCAUGCCGAAGUGCAAGUUGGGCCAGGAGAUGACCUGUUAUUGGUGUCCUGUUUCGACGGCUGAAAAUCCCAACAUCGUCCGCAACCAAGGCGACACCAUCACCUCAGUUGCGCACUGGCGGUGGCACGCCGCACUGCGCCAUAGGACAGUGUUGCCCAUCUGUACGAUGGGGAAACUGGACCCCAGCAAAAGCAACUCGCCAUGGACGCUUGUGUCAUCAACAUUCCUUGCCCUCCUCCCCCCCCGCUACUGGGUGACGUACUCGGACUACUGCAUCUACCCUCACGAGCAGUACGACCGGGCUGUAGACGUUAUUCGCCAACUCGAAACCGUCCAAGGCCCAUUUGGCCUCAGGGAUGACGUCAACUGGGAAGGCGUGGACACAAGCUCCUUACGGGUCACUGUUGGCGGCGACCCCGACCGCCGCUUCGCCGUCGUUUUUGGUCCGCGUGGCACUAUUGUGCGAGGCUUCAAAUGUCUCAUGUGCCUCCCGAAGUCGACUGUCCCAAUCUUCGAGACACUGGACCCCCACAGCACAGUGUCGGGUAGCCAGCAACCCUUUGCGCAUACUCUCAAGUGCUGCCGCACGGACAUGCGGGACCUGAAGAAGGCGAUGGCAACGUCCGUUCCGCGUCCGCUGCCCGGCCCCAGGCUGCUCGGUGGUGUUUCGCAACCGGUGUGA